UUGCAGGGAUCAUCAUCGUUAUUAUUUUCAUUAUCAGUGGUGUUAUCAGCGCUCUUAACGAACAACAGUUGCAUCGCAACACCGUUAUCGUCAGCAUCAAAAGCAUCCACAACUUUGUAUUAUCCAUUCAUCAGUGAUGAUUAUACGAAGAAAUUUGCAUUUUCACAAAAACAGUUAAGUGAUGCACGAAAAGAGACGCGAGAGAUGUUUUACUUUGCGUAUGAUAAUUAUUUACGGCAUGCUUUUCCCAAGGAUGAACUUGACCCUAUAAACUGUACAGGUCGAGGGCAUGACCAUCUGAAUCCAUCGAACAUUAAUAUCAAUGACGUUCUUGGUGAUUAUUCGCUGUCGCUGAUCGAAUCUCUUGAUACGUUGGUUGUGUUUUCAAAUAAGAGUGAGUUCCAUCAUGCAGUUCGGCUUAUCAUCGACAAUGUCUCGUUUGAACGUAAUGUCACGGUGCAAGUCUUCGAACCAACAAUAAGGGUGAUUGGAUCACUGUUAUCAGCUCACCUGAUUAUCACUGACAGAACUAAAUUAUUGGGCGAUUACUGGAUAGAGGAUUACGACAAUGAAUUGCUAACGUUGGCACAUGAUCUUGCUAUACGUCUACUUCCGGCUUUCAGUGGAACCACAACCGGUCUUCCUUAUCCACGAGUGAAUUUAUUAAGUGGUGUUCAGUCAGGGACUGUUAAUGAAACAUGCACGGCUGGAGCGGGAUCGUUACUCCUGGAAUUUGGUAUAUUAUCGAGGUUGUUAGGGGAUAGCAUUUUCGAGAGUUUAGCGAGACGAUCAAAUCAUAUUUUAUGGUCAUUGAGGAAUAAAGACACGGGUCUUUUGGGCAAUGUGCUGAAUAUACAAACUGGAGAAUGGUUGGGUGUUGCGAGUGGCUUAGGUGCAGGAGUUGAUUCUUUUUAUGAGUAUUUACUCAAAUCUUAUAUUCUUUUCGGAGCUGAGUCUGACAUUUUAAUGUUCAAGGAGGCGUACAGUCAAAUAAUGGGCCAAAUGCGGCGUGGACGUGAGAAUUGCGUGUUUGGUGAGGGUGAACCCCCUCUAUAUGUGAAUGUUGAUAUGCGUGACGGUUCCAUGUUGAACACCUGGAUUGAUGCACUUCAGGCAAGUUUUGCGGCUGUUCAAGUGUUGAAUGGAGAUCUGGAUGAGGCAAUCUGCUUUCAUGCACUCUAUUACUCUAUUUGGAAACGUUUCGACGCACUUCCUGAACGAUAUAAUUGGCAUUUGAAGAUGCCCGAAGUACUUUUCUAUCCACUCCGGCCAGAACUAGCCGAGUCGACGUAUAUGCUUUAUCGUGCCACUCAGAAUCCAUUCUAUCUGCAUGUUGGUCGUGAUAUUUUGCAGUCGUUGAAUACAUUUACACGUGUUAAAUGUGGUUAUGCGACUGUUCAUAAUGUAUUGGAUAAAAGUUUAGAAGAUCGAAUGGAGUCGUUUUUUCUUUCUGAAACGACAAAAUAUUUAUUUUUGUUAUUCGACAUUGAUAACGCAGUGAAUCGACACGAAGAGCGUAUAUUAUUCACAACCGAAGGGCAUAUCAUACCGAUCCAGUCGGAUCGUCUCCAUAAAGUACCUCAGGCCAUACCUCGCGUUCAUGCCUCGAAUCAGUCGUGUGAAGCAUUCCCUUGGAAAGGCCAACCUCCACUCAAUGAAGCUCGACUUCAGCAGAUGUUUCAUUUGGCUGGAUUCGAGAAUUUUCAUUCAUGA